AUGUGGUUCAAGUUGAGAAUAACUCCUUCCCUGACCUCAAGACUGUCAUCUCACCACUGCAGAAGAGAUGCCCUCUCACCCCUGAAAAAGGACUACCUUACUACCCAUGUAAAAGAGCUUCCUCUACACAUGAACGGAUACAAAACCCUCUCUGUUAAUGGGAUAUCCUCCAACAAUAAAGAAAAGGCUCCACUUGUACCAGCUCCUGCCUCUGCCCCUACCCUGGCUCUUGCCCCAGCUCCUGCCCUGGCUCUUACUCCAGCUCCUGCCUCUGCCCCUGCCCUGGCUCUUGCCCCAGCUCCUGCCCUGGCUCUUACUCCAGCUCCUGCCUCUGCCCCUGCCCUGGCUCUUGCCCCAGCUCCUGCCCUGGCUCUUACUCCAGCUCCUGCCUCUGCCCCUACCCUGGCUCUUGCCCCAGCUCCUGCCCUGGCUCUUACUCCAGCUCCUGCCUCUGCCCCUGCCCUGGCUCUUGCCCCAGCUCCUGCCCUGGCUCUUACUCCAGCUCCUGCCUCUGCCCCUGCCCUGGCUCUUGCCCCAGCUCCUGCCCUGGCUCUUGCCCCAGCUCCUGCCCCUGAUCCUGCCCUGGCUCUUGCCCCAGCUCCUGCCCCUGAUCCUGCCCUGGCUCUUGCCCCAGCUCCUGCCCUGGCUCUUACUCCAGCUCCUGCCUCUGCCCCUGCCCUGGCUCUUGCCCCAGCUCCUGCCCCUGCCCUGGCUCUUGCCCCAGCUCCUGCCCCUGCCCUGGCUCUUGCCCCAGCUCCUGCCCUGGCUCUUGCCCCAGCUCCUGCCCCUGAUCCUGCCCUGGCUCUUGCCCCAGCUCCUGAUCCUGCCCCUGAUCCUGCCCUGGCUCUUGCCCCAGCUCCUGAUCCUGCCCUGGCUCUUGCCCCAGCUCCUGAUCCUGCCCUGGCUCUUGCCCCAGCUCCUGAUCCUGCCCUGGCUCUUGCCCCAGCUCCUGAUCCUGCCCUGGCUCUUGCCCCAACUCCUGCCCCUGAUCUUGCCAUGGCUCUUGGCCUGGCUCUUGCCCCAACUCCUGCCCCUGAUCUUGCCCUGGCUCUUGCCCCAGCUCCUGCCCCUGAUCUUGCCAUGGCUCUUGGCCUGACUCUUGCCCUGGCUCUUGCCCCAGCUCUUGCCCCUGAUUCUGCCCUCACUCCUACCCUGCCAACCAGGAAAGUCUGUACCACAGCCAAACAGGAGAGUUUGUACCACAGCCAACCAGGAGAGUCUGUACCACAGCCAACCAGGAGAGUUUGUACCACAGCCAACCAGGAGAGUUUGUACCACAGCCAACCAAGUGUCUAUACCACAGCCAACCAGGAGAGUCUGUACCACAGCCAACCAGGAGUCUGUACCACAGCCAACCAGGAGAGUCUGUACCACAGCCAACCAGGAGAGUUUGUACCACAGCCAACCAGGAGAGUUUGUACCACAGCCAACCAGGAGAGUCUGUACCACAGCCAACCAGGAGACUCUGUACCACAGCCAACCAGGAGAGUCUGUACCACAGCCAACCAGGAGAGUCUGUACCACAGCCAACCAGGAGAGUCUGUACCACAGCCAACCAGGAGAGUCUGUACCACAGCCAACCAGGAGAGUCUGUACCACAGCCAACCAGGAGAGUCUGUACCACAGCCAACCAGGAGAGUCUGUACCACAGCCAACCAGGAGAGUCUGUACCACAGCCAACCAGGAGAGUCUGUACCACAGCCAACCAGGAGAGUCUGUACCACAGCCAACCAGGAGUCUGUACCACAGCCAACCAGGAGAGUUUGUACCACAGCCAACCAGGAGAGUCUGUACCACAGCCAACCAGGAGAGUUUGUACCACAGCCAACCAGGAGAGUUUGUACCACAGCCAACCAAGUGUCUAUACCACAGCCAACCAAGAGUGUCUGUACCACAGCCAACCAAGAGUGUCUGUACCACAGCCAACCAAGAGAGUCUGUACCACAGUCAACCAAGAGUGUCUGUACCACAGCCAACCAAGAGAGUCUUUACCACAGCCAACCAAGAGAGUCUGUACCACAGCCAACCAAGAGAGUGUACCACAGCCAACCAAGAGUGUCUGUACCACACGUAACCAAAAGGUUGGCCAAGCCUCCUACAAGUCAGGCUAUCAUCUGCAGGUUGGCCAAGCCUCCUACAAGCCAGGUUAUCAUUUGCAGGUUGGCCAAGCUUCUUACAAGUCAGGCUAUCACCUGCAGGUUGGCCAAGCCUCCUACAAGUCAGGCUAUCACCUGCAGGUUGGCCAAGCCUCCUACAAGUCAGGCUAUCAUCUGCAGGUUGGCCAAGCCUCCUACAAGUCAGGCUAUCACCUGCAGGUUGGCCAAGCCUCCUACAAGUCGGGCUAUCACCUGCAGGUUGGCCAAGCCUCCUACAAGUCAGGCUAUCACCUGCAGGUUGGCCAAGCCUCCUACAAGUCAGGCUAUCACCUGCAGGUUGGCCAAGCCUCCUACAAGUCAGGCUAUCAUCUGCAGGUUGGCCAAGCCUCCUACAAGUCAGGCUAUCACCUGCAGGUUGGCCAAGCCUCCUACAAGUCAGGCUAUCACCUGCAGGUUGGCCAAGCCUCCUACAAGUCAGGCUAUCAUCUGCAGGUUGGCCAAGCCUCCUACAAGUCAGGCUAUCAUCUGCAGGUUGGCCAAGCCUCCUACAAGUCAGGCUAUCACUUACAAGCCAAUCAAGCCCUACCACAGGCCUGGCUAUAUAGCUAACAUCUCUGAUUUGAUGUUGGGACUCACUCGAGGCUUCUCUACCACUCAACUGGACCUGUACUCAACAUUUACUAUGUAA